UAAACUAAAAAAAAAAUCAUUAUUACAUUUUGCAAAAAAAUAUAUAAUAAUUAAACAAAUUAACAUAGUUUUCCUAUACACAACAUUAUGUAAAACAAGUGUGAAUUCAAAUAAUAAAAAAAAUAAAAAACUUUUGCUUUUAAUAACUCUGAAACGCAAAAAACAAACAGGAUUAACUUCUAGGGAGGGGAUGGCAAAAACCAGACUAUCAACUUGAAAAAGCAGCAGUAGCACACCUACAUAUCAACAUAAUAAUUUUGUCAUACCCAAAGGAAUGUCGAAACAAUAAAAAGAACAACAAAACGACGGCAUUAAAAUGACCAAGAUUUUUACAUUAUGGACAAUACAGGUUUUAUAUCUCUUACUAGCAACCCCCACCUGGCUUUGUCAGGGUGCUCAUAUAUUGGCUGUAAUGCCUAGUGUUUGGAAAUCCCAUUAUCUAUUUGGUCAUUAUAUACUAACGCAAUUAGUGGAGCAGCAUAAUCAUACAGUGACCUUAAUAAGUCCCUAUGAAAUGGAUAACUUGACAAGGGGUAACAUGACCAAAGAAAAAUUUCGUGAAAUAAAAGUAGAGGGUUUGCUAAACAAUUGGCUGGAAAUGGGUUUGUCAUUCGAUUUGCAAGAAAUGCAUGAUAAAUCUGUUAUGGAACAUUUUACACGUCUAAUGUAUGCCACCACCAGUAAUACCGAUAAUUUGUUGCAGAAUUCACAAGUAAGGGAAAUGCUGCAGUCACCACAAAAGUUCGAUUUACUUAUAGUUGAUUUAUUUUUAAGUGAUGCCUUAUUGGGUUUGUCUUUCUACUAUCAAAUACCCACUAUGGUGUUAAGUCCCAGUGGCUCGAAUACCUGGUUAAAUCAACGUUUUGGCAAUCCUCAAAAUGCUGCCUUGGAUCCUAGUAAUUUUUUGCCUUAUGCCAAAGACAUGACUUUUUGGCAGCGUUGUGUCAAUACUUUGAUGGCCAUGUUUGAAAAAUUGACCUAUUCCUUUUUCCAUAUGAUCUCACAACAGGCUGUUUAUACGAAACAUUUUGAACCACUAUGUCAACUUGCCAACUGGUGCAAAGAACUACCCCACCAUAAAGAACUGACUGAAAAUCUAUCAUUGGCCUUAAUAAAUACACAUCCAGUACUGCAAUAUCCAAGGGCAUUUCUACCCAAUAUGUUAAGUAUUGCGGGCAUACAUUUGAAAACCACUGAAGAGCAAUUAGAAUUGCCAAAUCAUAUUAGGGAAUUUAUAGAAAAAGCUAAUCAGGGAGUGAUUUACAUGAGCUUUGGUGCCAAUAUUUAUGAUUUCCCCUCGGAAAAACUACAACUAUUUUUUGAUGUUUUUGAAACACUGCCGGAUAUGCGUUUUAUAAUUAAAUACGAUGAACCAGACUCAUUACCUUUAACUUUGAAUAUAAGCAAACAAAUAUUGUUAAACAAUUGGUGGCCCCAACAGGCAAUAUUGGCCUAUAAAAACGUUAAAAUCUUUAUAACCUCCGGUGGUUUUAUGAGCAUUACCGAGGCUUUGUUUUACGAGAAAUAUAUUCUGGCCAUACCCAUUACCCCGGAACAAUGUGUGUUAACAGAAAAACUUUCCAAACAAAAUGCCGCCUAUAAGCUUAACUACAACGAUUUGGCCUAUGAUCAAUUAAUGUAUGCCAUACAACAGCUAUUACAAGACAAAUCACAAUAUCAAUCAUCUGUUUUGGAAUUAAAACAACAAUUAUUGCAAAAUCUAGACCACUUGAGUCCCUUAACAAGAACACUUAAUGCCAUAGAAAUGACUUUAGCCUCAAAUGGUUUAGAUUAUCUCAAGCCUCACUCUCACCAUUUAAAUUUUUGGAAUUCUAUACUAAUCGAUGUUAUGUUUACCUUAAUUUUGGGUCUAUUAGCGAUCUUAGCCAUUCCCUUUCUACUGACCAGUUGUAUAUUAAAACGUUCUUAUCAAAAUCAAACUAAACUAAAUUUACUCAAUCAACAACAAAAUAAUCAUCGUUAUUAUUGCAAAGUUAAUGAUUUCCUAACAUCUACCACACCACCUCGAAAUUGCGGUAAUAACAAAAAACAGCAUAAGGAGAAUACAGAAGACAAUAUGGAUGUUCUAAUGAGACCUAUGGGCAGCAAACGUAGAAAUUCUGAUGUAAAUUCUAAAAAACGAAAACGUCUAUCUUCGAAUAGUUCCUCUUCUUGUUGCAAUUGUUCGGUUUCAUCCUCCUCAGCACCCACUACUCCUUUGGCUAAAAGGGAAUCACCUUUUUUCGAUCAGGUUUCUGGGGACAACGUUAAAGACAUAUGAGAAAAUUUAUUUUUCUUAAAUUUUUAUUAGUUUUAAUAUAAUCGAUAAUAUUGUUUUAUGUGUAUGUAUGUGUUUUUUAUGAAAUACUUUUUGCAAUAAUUGUUAUUUUACACUGUAUACUCUAAUGUGUGUGUGUAUUUUCUUUAAGUACAUGGUAUUAUAAAUGUUUAAAAAUAUAUAAACAAAAUAUAAAAUAAACACUCAAAACAUCACUCUAUCUUUAUGUGUUAUACAUAUAUGAAUUUUUAACAAUUAUCUUAAGAAAACUUAGAGCAUACACAGAAAACAAAAAGAAACCUGGCACUAACAAAGACCGGGACAAAGACGCUGGCAUAAAGCUUGCAGUUGCCAAAUCAGAAACCAAUGUAACUUGCAGAUAUUCUAUUGUACAAUAUAUUAAUAAUAUAAUUCAGUAUACAUUUUCUACUUCUAGUUGUGUACCAACCUCCGACUCUAGUUUUAGGUGCUACAACAACAGCCGGAGAAUCCGAGUUGACGGAAAUGUGAUAAGGAUCUUUUGGCCAAACAUUAACAUGACCUCCAACUAAUAAUGUUUUUGGACAGAGAUGGUAUAAUGCAACUGUCCAACUAAAAGGGGGACUAGCAAAUGAAACGGAGGCUCUUCGGAACCGCCGGAAGCAAAUUGCAAAGACAGCUAUUGUAUGUAGCUGCAACGCCACAAAGUUAAUUGACUCACUGAUAAUAAAAACUUGCGAAAUUGCAACAAAACUUAAAUAAAUGCUUAAGAUAUGUGAUUUUUGCAAUGAAAAUCAUAAAAAAAGAAAAAAUAUUGAAAAAAAAAAUUGGAAAACCAACCCCCUGCUUCAAUAAGUAAGAAACCAUCAAUUUUACCAACAAAAUCAAAGAUUUAUCUUUUUCUUUGCUUUAUCUUUUAUAAAUUUUCCUAAUUUUAGUAAUAAUCAAUCAAUUUCAUUACUAACCUUUUUGCUUAAAUAAAUUUUGCACAAAAUUUUCACUACCGAUGUUAAA